GGCAGACCUCUUCCACAGCAUUGCCACCCAGAAGAAGAAGGUUGGCGUGAUCCCGCCCAAGAAAUUCAUCACACGGUUGCGAAAAGAAAAUGGUAAUUCUUCUAGUUCCCGUGUACUAUUGCUCAUGUGUCCUUGGAAGAGCUGUUUGACAACUACAUGCAACAAGAUGCCCAUGAAUUCUUAAAUUAUCUGCUUAAUACAAUUGCUGAUAUUCUGCAAGAAGAAAGAAAGCAGGAAAAGCAAAAUGGCCGCUUACGGAAUGGUGAUGUGGACACUGAGGAUAAUAACAGCACACCAGACCCGACAUGGGUCCAUGAGAUUUUUCAGGGAACAUUAACUAAUGAAACCAGGUGUCUUACUUGUGAAACUAUAAGCAGCAAAGAUGAAGAUUUUUUAGACCUUUCUGUUGACGUGGAACAAAACACAUCAAUUACUCACUGCUUAAGAGGUUUUAGUAACACAGAAACUCUGUGCAGUGAAUAUAAAUACUACUGUGAAGAGUGCCGAAGCAAACAGGAAGCACACAAACGGAUGAAAGUGAAGAAACUACCCAUGAUUCUGGCUCUACACCUGAAAAGGUUUAAGUAUAUGGACCAGCUUCAUCGAUACACAAAACUUUCUUACCGGGUGGUUUUUCCUUUAGAACUUCGUCUGUUUAACACUUCAGGAGAUGCAACCAACCCUGACAGGAUGUACGACCUUGUGGCUGUUGUGGUUCACUGCGGAAGUGGUCCCAAUCGAGGCCAUUAUAUUGCAAUAGUUAAGAGUCAUGAUUUUUGGUUGUUGUUUGAUGACGACAUUGUAGAAAAAAUAGAUGCACAAGCUAUUGAAGAAUUCUACGGGUUGACAUCUGAUAUCUCCAAGAACUCGGAAUCUGGGUACAUCCUUUUUUAUCAGUCUCGGGACUGAAGGGAGCCAAGGUGGAGGAGAAGCGUCUGCAUGCUUCUCUGGUUGUUUUGGAAAUGAUCCAGCUGAUGUUCAAGAAGAGAGAGAUGCAGGACGCUCAGGGCAGUAGCACACUUUGCAUACAAUAAAGCAAAGACUGUGGAUUAACACGCCCUUCCCAUCACAGUAGUUGAAUUUUUUGCUCAGGAAUCAUGCUGUCUGUGCAGUUCCACACAAGGAAGUGAAAUCAGAGAUAGCAGCUCCUCUUGUAAAGCAGCUGCCAGCUGCCGACACACAUUUUCUGUUAACUGCAGCAAUGGUGAUUUGAGUUCCUCGGGAGGGCAGUGGAAGACUUAGAAUGUGCAAGGGUGAUGGAGCACACUGCUGUGCGCACACGAGAUGCUUACCUUGUGGAUGGGAGCAGUUGAGUGGUCUUUUCAGACAUACACAAAGUACCUUUGGGCCCAACACUCGCAGUUGCCUUCCUGACGCACAGAGCUAGCAGACACGGAGCCCAGUGUCAGGAAGUCAAGGAUACUCUGCUUCUCUGGAGAAGCGUGUGAUAGUGUACAGUGUUUGUACAGGGAGGGAACAGUUGGUCAGCAGUGGCUUCUUGGCUCCCCAAGGGGAAAGCCUAGCUUUGUAAUGAUCAUUUUCCUUAUUUAUUUCAUUAAACUGGUGGAGUCCAAGCAUUACUGGAGUGCCAGUGAGUCUGUCAGCAGAUCUGAGCAUAUCUCACUAGUUUGUCAGCAGAAGUAGUCCUGUUUGUUUUUAAGGUGAACUGAAAAUUGUAGCUGAAAUCACUGAGGUAAUCAUGAGAUGAGGGCAGUGAGUGGGUAGAGACUGUCGGAAGGAGCUACCCAUGGCUGAACGUUUGCUCUUUGUCAUAGUUUGUCACUUGCUUUUUUAAGCUUUAAUUUCAGUAAAGUAGAAAUCCCCUGUUUCUAGAAUGAUAAAGGGAACCCCAGUGUUGAUACCAGCACGCUGUUGGCCAGUCUCCAAACUGCCCACAGCUGUGUUGUUUUGAGUCCUCUUUUAGCCUUGGGAAGGACUGUUAGAUCCAUUGGAGCCCCAGCAGCCAGGGAGCAGCUAGAGCCCUUUGAAAGGUUACAUUUUUGGUGAAAUAGACCAGUAAUCUAGAAAAGAAGCCCCUCCCCUCCUGACCUGCUUAGCCCCUUAGAACUGUGUUCAGAAGCCUGUGACACAGUCAGGGAGUUUCCAUGUACGUCUGAGCAUCAAGUGGUAUGGCAGUGACUGAAUGUAACUUGCAGGAAGCAAUGGAAGACUAUAGUCAAAGUCACAGCAGCCAAGCUCUGGGUAGUCCAUCACGCUGCACUCUUUGUGCAGUGGGGUGGCCUGUUGAUGAGCCCCUAAUUUUCUAAAGUUUGAGUAAACUGUUGACUGAGAGGCAAACGGCAAAAAGAAACGUUUUGUGCUGCUAUUAUUACCAUAUAUUUUCUGUACCUUUGAGCUCAGGAAAUGACUUUUAUCUGUUUGUCCCAUAAGCAGAUUUGUAACAGGGUCCCUUAGCUAAUCGGGCUUCGCAGACAGAUGUGCUGGGAGAAAAAGGUGACCUUUUGACAAACUCAUUUUCUAGUUUCUGAAGCCUCCCCCUGGCUGGGGUUUGUGAUCUGCCAGCAUUGCACAGAGAACACAACGAGGAGCAUGGCAGAGUCAGAGCCGUGAGAGCACAUCAUAUUGAGGGCUUAAACCAAACCGUGUUGGAAUUCAGAACUGUGUUGUUUUGUGGCUUUGUAUUCCAAGAAAAGGCAUAAAGUAUGGCUGAGCCCUCCAGGCUGCCUUGUGCAGCACUGUGUUUUCUUGUACACGGUUCUCUGACUUUAAAGCAUACACAGGAAAAAGCCUAGUUAAGUUCCCGAUGGCGGCAAGUUCUAGCAUGGGUGCUAAGUUCCCAGGCUCCCGGUAGUCAGCCACGCUCUGCUCAGGUCUGCGCUGGACAGUCUGCAGGGAAAGGACUACUGGCUGUUGGCUCUAACUCUACUUUUUAUUUUUAGUGCAGAUGGACCUAAGUAAACAUUUUGAAUUCUAUCAGAAACUCAAUAAACUUUCAAAACAUACAGGGUUUGGGUUGGGGACUAGGAAUGUCAGGUAUAGUAAGUGAAAAGGGUGACCCGCCCAGCACGCAUUUUGAGGUGAUUGUUCUUUGCCUGUGAGUAUGAGGAGGGCAGAUGCAAGUUGCGAACAAGGCUAGCCGCCGUGUAAUUAUGUACAUGUUUGCUGGGGCAGCUGUCCCAAGUUUUGUAUAUUAGGACAGAAGUUUCUAUGAAUUAUCGUAACUAAAAGUCAAUAUUCUAAGUUAAGCCCCACUUCUGAGGCGUGUGGCUUCUGUCAUAGGAAUUUUACCUUUAGAAGGUUACUUAAGAUAGGAGCCACAUGGCUUAGGAGGGGACAAGGAAAUGUGCUAUAGUGGCCUUACGGCCUCAGCCAUUAGGGUAGGGUUUUCUCUCCUUGAUGGCCGUAGGAAGACCUCACUUUCACAUAGUCCUGAUACUUUGUGUAAGGAUGCUUUUCAUUACAGAUUCUCUUCGUGAGGGAUGUGGCUGGGAGCUGGGAGGCAAGGUGCUGGAGUCCUAGCUCUCCAGUGAACUUAACUGUGUGACCUCGGGCAAGUCACUUAACCUCUCUGUGCUUCAGUCUCCCUCUUGUAAAUGGGAGUAAUACCUACCUCACAGGGUUGUUGUGGGGAUUAAUUGGAGAGAAUGUCUGUAAAUCGUUUUAAGGUUCUUGAAGAAGGCGCUAUAUAAAUACAAGAUAAUAUCUAUUAAAGUUGGCUUAUUUGUGCUUGUUGGUUUUUAA